AUGGCGGCCCCAAAAAUGACCAAGAACCAGAUGCGGAGGGCCAAGAAGAAGGAGCAGAAGAAGUCAAAGGCACAGGAGUCGGACCAGCCGCAGAAUGAAGCCCGCCCCGCCUCGGACGAACAUGCAGUCAAGUCUGACAAGCCCGACGACGCCGAUGGCCAAGCGGGUGCGGAUGCGGCCGAGGUCGCAAUCACCGUAGAGAAGCCGGACCUCGAGGACGCCUUGGGUGACGACGAAGCCCUGGCUGCCUACAGAGACAUCUUUUCCAAGUUCGGUGCUUCCGUCGAUGGUGACAGCAUUGCCAAGGAAGCCAAUGCCGGCAACCAAGGCGAUGUCUUUUUCGACGACGACGACGAUAUCCCCGACGAAGACGAGGAAAACACGGGCAGGACAAGACUCUCCAAAAAGAAGCGCAAGCAGCUCCGAACACUCUCCGUCGCCGAACUCAAGAGCAUGGUCAGCCACCCCGAGGUAGUUGAGUGGCACGAUGUGUCGUCUCUCGACCCCCGGCUGCUCGUGCAGAUCAAAGCCCAGCGAAACAUCGUGCCCGUGCCGACACAUUGGUCGUUGAAGCGAGAAUACCUCUCCUCCAAGCGCGGUAUCGAGAAGUCGGCUUUCAGACUGCCCGCUUUCAUCGCCGAAACCGGCAUCUCGGAGAUGCGAGACGCCGUACUCGAGAAGGAGGCAGAGCAGAGCCUCAAGCAAAAGCAGCGCGCCCGCGUUCAGCCCAAGAUGGGAAGGCUGGACAUUGAUUACCAGAAGCUUUACGAUGCGUUCUUCCGCUUCCAGACCAAGCCGGAGCUGACGCGCUACGGAGAGGUUUAUUACGAGGGCAAGGAAGCCGAAGUAGACUAUCAGCACUUUCGGCCCGGUGACCUCGGCGAGGCGACCAAAGAGGCCCUGGGGAUGCCGCCCGGCGCUCCUCCGCCUUGGCUCAUCAACCAGCAGCGCGUCGGACCCCCUCCCUCAUACCCCACCUUGAAGAUUCCUGGCCUGAACAUGCCGCCCCCUCCCGGAGGAACCUGGGGCUACCACCCGGGUGGAUGGGGCAAGCCCCCUGUCGACGAGCUGAAUCGCCCGCUUUUCGGUGGUGACGUUCUUGGCCUGAAUACCCAACAGCCUGCGCCUGUCCAGCAGGGACAACCCGACCAGCCCAUCCUCGAGCCCGUCGAGCGGACGCUGUGGGGCGAGCUGCAGCCACGCGAGGAAGAGUCUGAAGAGGAAGAAGAGUCAGACGAGGAGGAGGAGGAGGGCGAGGAUGAGCAGGAGGAGGAUGUGGGUGGAGAGGAAGACAUUGGCGGCCUGGAGACACCUGGCGGAUACGCUAGCACCGUUCUGCCUAACCAAGGCACCGAGACAUCCAUGGCCGGAGACUUUGAUCUGCGGAAGGAGCGCGCCGGGUAUGGAACCGAGACGCCAUCCGGGCGCGCCGCAUACACGGUCCUGAAGGAACAAAAGACCCAAGGCGCCGGGGGCCUCUUCGGCGUCGGCCACCAGUACGACCUGAGCUCCGCCCAGCACGCCAAUAUGCCCGUCCUCGGCGCCGAGGACGACUCGCGAAAGCGCAAGAAACCCGGCGAUGUGGACGUGGCCCUCGACGUCGACUCGCUCGGCCAGCACGACGGGCUCGACAAGAACGCCCUCCGGCAAAAGUUCGAGGAGGGCAGCAGGCAGCAGGGCGUGGGCGCCAACUGGCAGCACGACGAGGACCUGGCGGACAUGAUUGCCGAGGAGAGCCGCAAGCGGCAGAAGACGGAGAGGGAGCGCAGCGACCGCCGCAGGGAGGCGCGCGGUCGCCACUGA